AUGAAGGCCUCUACCGUUCUCGCUCUGGCAGUCGCUGGUGGUGCUCAGUUCGCCGCCGCGCACACCACCGUCUGGAACGUUCUCGUUAACGGCAAGGACCAAGGUGUUGGAAACACCCAGGGUGGAUACAUCGACUCUCCUCCCAACAACAACCCCGUCAAGGAUGUCUCCUCCCAGGAUGUCCAGUGCAAUGUCGCAAACAUCAAGGCUACGCGAUCAGUGACUGUUGCUGGUGGUGAUGAGGUCAUUGUCCAGUGGCACCACGACUCCAACUCGGCUUCCGACGACAUCAUUGACCCAUCCCACAAGGGCCCCAUCCUCAACUACAUCUCCAAGGCUGGCUCGUCCAUGUCCUGGACCAAGAUCUCGCAGGACGGCUAUGAUGGCAGCGAGUGGGCUAUCUCCAAGCUCCAGACCGGAGCCUACACUGGAACUCCUGGCCAGCACAAGGUCAAGAUCCCCAACCUUGUCCCCGGUGACUACGUCCUCCGCCCUGAGCUCAUCGCUCUUCACGAGGGUGACCGCAUCGGUGGUGCUCAGCUUUACAUGGAAUGCAUUCACCUCAAGGUGACCGGCAGCGGCACUGCUGCCCUGCCCGCUGGUGUCAGCUUCCCAGGAGCGUACAAGGACACUGACGCUGGUAUCCACUUCGAUAUCUACAACGGCUUCACCAGCUACCCUCUGCCCGGCCCUGCCGUCUGGAACGGUGCCAGCAGCGGUGCCGCCCCUGCUCCCGUCACCACCAAGGCCCCGGCCGCGACCCAGGCUCCUGCCACAACCGCUAAGCCCGUCACCACUGCUAAGCCUGUCACCACCGCUAAGCCCGUCGCCGUUGUCACCAAGACCACACUCGCAACUAUCGCUAAGCCUACUGCUACCGCCGCCGCCGGUGGUGCGACCGCCCAGAAGUACGGACAGUGCGGUGGACAGGGCUUCACUGGAGCCACAGCCUGCCCCUCCGGCUGGACCUGCAAGGUCAGCAACCCUUACUACUCCCAGUGCAUCCAGUAA